AUGGGAAGGGUGAUUGAGGGUGGUAUAAGGCUAAUAAGGAAGGAUGGGGUCUUAAAACUUGUUAUAGCAAAAAGCGUAGAAGCAAGCUCCAAGCAGUGCACAACGGAUUUCGACUUUCAAGAGCAUUCUGCAAUGUUGGAUGAAAGCAAAUUUGAUGUGCAUUUGAAGUUGUGGGCACUUCGAAUCCCUAGAGAGUUCUGCAAGGUUGCAACUAAGCUUCUUAAUGGACAUAUGCUUGAUAGACCACGUAUCAAGCCCAUCACUGAAGACCCAACUAGUGAAAAAACACGUUAUGUUAUAUUAUCUGAAAGGGUUCAAAAUCCAGAUCUGUCAGAUAUUCCAACCAAGAAUCUUGAUGAGCUAAAGAAACUAUGCAAGAUUGAAACAGUUCCAUACUCAUUGACUCUUGGAUAUUCAUACUGGGGUGCAGACCAUGUGCUGAAGCAGAUUCUACCUUCUGGACUUGAGGUCCCUUCAUCUUUUGAAACAAUAGUUAAGUAUUCUUUCUGUCACAUUGCUCAUCUGAAUAUCCCAGAUGAACUCCUUCCAUACAAGGAUGUAAUUGCAAAGGUCAUCUAUGAUAAAAACUAUCCCAGAAUCCAGACAGUUGUCAACAAAGUUGGCAGCAUUUCAAACGAAUUCCGGGUCCCACAAUUUGAAAUUUUGGCGGGAAAAGAGGAAAUGGCUACAGAGGUGAAACAAUAUGGAGCAACUUUCAAGAUGGAUUAUGGAUUGGUGUAUUGGAAUUCAAGACUAGAACAUGAACACAUAAGAUUGGUGAAUAAGUUUGAGAAAGGAGAAAUCAUAUGUGACAUGUUUGCUGGAAUUGGCCCUUUUGCUAUUCCUUCUGCUCAAAAAGGAUGCUUGGUGUAUGCAAAUGAUCUGAAUCCAGACAGUGUUCGUUAUCUCAAAAUUAAUGCAGAUAUCAACAAGGUUAAUCACACUCUUCAUGCGUAUAAUUUGGAUGCAAGAAUUUUCAUCUCUAAAUUGAUGCAAGUGUUGCCUGUUGAUGAUGAUAUGAAAAAACCAAAACCAGAAUCUGAGAAAAGGAAUGGAGAGGAGGAGGAUAUGAACAAAGAAUCAAAUGUAGCCACUUCUGAAAGCUGUAUACAAGCUCAUGUAGCUGUGAAGACAAAAGGAAGCAAAAAUAAAAGAAUGAAAACUUUGUUGACAUUUACUGAAAAAUCAUGGGAGCAUAUUGAUCAUGUGAUAAUGAACCUUCCUGCUUCUGCUUUACAGUUUCUAGAUGUAUUUAGAGGACUUAUACAGAUGAAAUAUUGGAAAGGAUCUCUUCCAUGGAUUCAUUGCUAUUGCUUCAUUCGAUCAAAUGAGACUCAAGAAUCAGUGGUUUCAGAGGCAGAAUCUCUCUUGAAUGCCAAGAUACACGACCCUUUAUUUCAUCGAGUUCGAGAUGUUGCUCCAAACAAGGCGAUGUAUUGUUUGAGCUUUCGAUUGCCCGAAGAAGCAUGCAUCAAUGAAGUUUCUUGAUUUAAAUAUUGUAACUUUUUUUUACAUGAUAAUUAAUUAUUGGUAACUUUUUUUUUUUUGUGUGUUUUAGGAUAAGAGUUUUCGAUAAAGUAUAAUACUCUUCUUUUUCGCAAUGGUCUAUUAAAAACCUUAAAAUAAGAAAGAUCAAAAAACAUGUAAAAGAACAAUUAGAAUUCCACCAUUGAAAUUGAAAGAUGCCAUCAUAAACUUUAG